UCUCGGUUAAUCGCCUCUCGCCGGCUGAUGAGGAUUCAGACAUCAUGCAGUCAGCAGCGGGUGGUGACGAACUGUAGCUCGUACUUUGUAUAUCUGACUGUCAAAUAGAAACACAAACACACACAUACACACACAGAUACAGGCUCCUGGAGUGACUGUGAUUCAGGAGGACGCUGCAGAGGGCUAAAUGGCGAUGAAGAUGGAUUUAAAUGUCACCAUAGAGCAAAUGGAGACAGGAGAGCAGGACGCUGCACUGUCGGCUCUACAGAGCUACAACAAGGAGGUACACAUCAUCUGAAGAGAAUUGUUCAUCAAAUACUAACUUUGUCAUGUGCUUAUAAUGCUACAUGACACGUGAUUUUGGCAACUGCUCGAGCUUUAAGCUAACGAUAAGGAGUUUAGAUGGUGAUGCUCCUCUCAUCUGCUGUUAUAUCUAUUAAUAACAUCUCCAUAAAGCUUACAGACUUCACUGCGUCAUCUUUGAGGCGUAGCAUUGCUGAAGAGUGUGCAUGAAGGCUAGUCAUGUAUAAAACAGUUUGUCCUGAAUUUUUCUACAUUUGAGUCACACCAGAAAACUGAAGCUUUUGAAUUAAACUUUUAAAUUAUCUGUCACUUGUAAAGCUGCAUCAUUAAUCCUUCCACUGGGGGGCAGCAGAGUAACUAACACAACUCUGAAAUGUUCAAAGCUCCUGUGAGGAACUUUAAGUUUAUGUCACAGUCUUUCGCACAGUCUUAGCUUAUCUUGUCCUCUACAUUCUUGACUCUUCAUUUUAACUAAGAAUUUCAUCCUGCUGAAAUUAAAUCAUGAAACAUGUUAUUAAUCAUGCAUAUUUAUGUUUAUAUUGUACAAAGUAGGGUUGUUUCUUCAGCUGCUCAGUUGACACAUAGCCCCUUGUGUUUCUUUAGAGAUUAAAAAUUAGAAUUGAAAAAUCAUUAUUAUUGAUGGUAUAUGGUAUUAUAUGAAUGUGAAUAUCAUGAGAAGGCAUUCAUAUUAUCUUCAGUGUAUUUCAUUUAUGUAUUUCAUUGUCUGUAUGUUCUUAUGAGGCUGCAGGACAUAUGACAAAACUAACUGCAAAAUUGCAUUUCUGAGUAUUUCUUCAUUCAAAUUGCUGUGAACCUCUUGCAGACCAAAUGGCAGGCUCAGACACAGUAGGAUUUUCACUCUCUUCCAGCAGCUGCUUGUUUUGGGGGGAGCCCUGACGAGUUGAUCACCGAGUGCAGCGGAAAAUGUGUGAUUAUUACUUUAUGGAAAUGCAAUCAGACCAAGAUGCUAAGGCAGAAGAACUACAGCAUCUGCAGUGCACAUACAAGAUACACAAGAAAUCUGAUUGCAUUUCCAUGAAGUAAUAAUCAUAAAUGUUCUUUCUUGAGCUGUGAAACUCCACUGAACUCGGUGAUUGACUCGUCAGGGCUUCCCCCACAAACAAGCGGCUGCUAAAAGUGAGUGGGUGAGUUGUGUUUGGUUUCUUUGCUAAAGGAACCAGGCAAAGCUAAAAAGAUUUUUGAUGGCUAGUACUAUGGCUGGGACCCUAUUUGUACUGUUGAUGAAGUUAGGUGCUGUUCUGAGCAUUAUUUGUGUCUAUAGAGUGGCAUUUUGGUUGAGGCUUGCGGCAAGAGAUGUUGACCGCUGUGUAUUGCUAUCUUGCGGUCGUUACUAAAGUUGGUAUAACUAGGGAAGCAAGCAGUCGGCAACAGUCAUCUCUCGAGGGGAUGUCUAACUCGGCGUUACAGUGUGUUUGACCCUAACUUAAAUUUACGCUGGAAAAUCCCUUUAAUGUGAAAAUUGUAAAAACUGGGCUGUUUCUUCAGUUGCCUGGCUGACACAUUGUACAGUUUAAGUAUCAUUAAUCUUGCUACUGACAGUAUUUGUUUGUUUUUGUAUGUCAUUUAAAGAUAACAGUAUGGUCUUUUUCAUAACUGUUAAAAACUCCUCACAGGAGCUUUAAAGUUGAAUGAUACUGUUUAGAGAUUCACCCCUGAGCCUCUGUUGUUCACGUUAACAUGAGCGUUCUCAAAAGUUAAAGUUACAUGUAAAAUUUAAAAAAUGACAGACAUGUAUAAAGUGAAUAAAAUGAGGUUUUUUACAGUAGAUACAGGUAGAGUGUACUUGUGUGUCCACACUGUGGCUUAAUGCCUCUUAGACCACCCCUGUAUGUGGCCUGAGGGAUUUGGUCUCAGUGCGUCCUGAGUGUGUUUACAGUUUAGACUGUCCACUUGAGAUCAGAUCACCCAGGAGUUUGGUUGAUACCUGGUGUAAACAUGCAAGUUAAUUUUUCCUUUGUCACAUUUACAGUCAGAAGUUCAUGAAACUGUGCCUCAAAACUGCACUGCUCACAUUUGAAAAACAAAACAGCCAACUUUCAGACAGUCAGAAAAAUAUGAUUUUCUAAGUCCCUUUAUUAAUAUCCAAACAUACCAGUUCACUCAUUUGCCUUAUCCGCCUUAAGUGAGGAGACAGUGAAAUCCCAGCACCCAGUUGGUACACAUGUGUGGGGCAAAAUAUAAACACUCAACUGAAGCCAGGCCAACAUUAGAGACCCUAUCAAUACUGGGGUAGACAAGUCUUAUGGACCUUAUAAAAUAUGCAUUCAACAUGGACCCCACUGGACCAGUCAAGGGCUUGUGUUUGCUUGCAAAACAUCGGCUAACUUUUAAACUCAGACAGACAAUGGGGGUUGAAAUUUUAAGCAUUCACAUGUGGAAAAAAUGUCCUCCAAUCAUUGUAGAGCUUCAACAAAGUUGGGAUUGUAUUUCUAAAAUGAACCAUCAUCUGAUUUUUGUAGGUAUUAGCUGCAAAAGAUUCCUAAACCAUUAUUUCAAAGUGACAGAGGGGAGUUUUGUAGUUACAAAACAGAGCCUUCAAUCUCAGUGUAGGUGAGCUUCAUUCAUCUAAAUUGCCAUUUGAGUUUUCCCACUCAGUGUUUUAGCUCUGCUUCUGUGCGACGGUUCUCUUCACAGACUUUUAGCUGUGUGGGAGUCGAUCAUGAAGGCAAUAGGAUUAGAUUGAGGGAUACACAAAUAGAGUCUGCUACAGCCCUCUCAAAUCCUACUGUACUCCAGAGCUCUCAGAGAAGAGGAGCUUAGUGCUGCAGGGACUCUGCCGCUUAAUCUGUAUCGCUUCUUUUUGCCUCCACACCUACUUCAGUAUGUCCAGGUUUCCUCUGCUGCCAGCUGUCUUUGGUUUUGUUGUUUCCUUGACUUUUUAUUCCUCUCCAAAAUGAAGAAGAAAAAUUACACAUUUUCUUUGCUGUUAAACAGUCUCAAAGACUGUUAAAACUGGAAAAAUAACAGCGAUCUCAUUUAUAUCAUCACCUGGAGAAAAUCUGGAUUCUGCUCUGGUGGAUUUGAAUAAUUUAUUAUGACUCAUCUGGUCUGUGGAGCCUCUUAGUCUCUUUUAGCUGAUUGUCAUGGUUUUUCAGCACCUAAACUCGACUGUCACCAGCAGCAGGAAAUGUGUUCUCAGGCAAGCCAAAGGAGAGUGAAUGCUGGUUAAAACCACAAAUUAAACAUGAAUGCACCAGGGGGAAACCAGCCUUAGCUGAUUAACUGGGCCAGGAUUUGACAUUUGGCUGAUGAUCUGUGCCUGUCUUUUAUUUCACAGGCAGAUGAUAAUGAGAUGUAAAUUAAUGUCUCCUGAACUACUUAUGACCAUUUUCCAUCAUGGCCCUGAAAAGACAGUAAUGGCCAACCCCUACUAUUUAUUUGUUAAUUACUGGAUGAUUGGGAAACUCCAAACUCUUUCAAAAUAAAACUUGGUACCAGGAUUACAUGUUUUGUAACCAGAUAAUAUGGUUAACCAAUUGAAAAAAAAACAGUUAACAUGAUGAUUAUCAAUUCAAUAAAAGACAAAAAGACAUAACUGUUUUCUUUUCUUGACUUUAAAGCUCUUUCUGGGUCUCAUAGCGUAAAUGUAACCUUUUCUGUUCCUUGAAUUUCCUAUUGAGAUCUUUACUUUUUUGUCUAUUGUGGUGCCUCUAGUGGAUAGAGCAGUGUUUGCUUAUCUUGUCCUUUAAGUAGUGUCUUUUGACUGUCCUGCUGACUUUUGACAGUCAAAUAUACAGUAUUGUGAAUAUUCUAUACGGAAAUUGUAAAAACAGGACAGCUUCUUCAGCUGAUCAGUUGGCACAGCCUUACAUUAUUUUGAGGCAUAAAAAAUUGCUGUUGCUAUUGGUCUUGUUUGCUUUUAUAUAUCAUAAAAAGCAUCAGUAUAUACAGUACAGGCCAAAAGUUUGGACACACCUUCUCAUUCAAUGCAUUUUCUUUGUUUUCAUUACUAUUUAAAUUGUAGAUUCUCAAAACUAUGAAUGAACACAUGUGGAAUCAUGUGCUUAAGAAAAAAGUGUGAACUAACUGAAAACAUGUUUUAUAUUUUAGAUUUCUCAAAGUAGCCACCCUUUGCUUUUUUGAUAGCGCUGCAAACUUUAGCUUUUCUCUCAAUGAGCUUCAUGAGGUAGUCACCUGAAAUGGUUUUUACUUCACAGGAGUGCCUUAAGUAACCCUGACAAGGUACUUCUGUCAUCAAGAGCAAAGGGUGGCUAUUUUAAAGAAACUAGAAUAUAAAACAUGUUUUCGGUUAUUUCACACUUUUUUUAUAAGUACAAAAUUCUACAUGUGUUCAUUCAUAGUUUUAAUGCCUUCAGUAAUAAUCUACAAUGUAAAUAGUCAUAUAAAAAAAUAAAGUAAAGACAUUGAAUGAGAAGGUGUGUCCAAACUUUUGGCCUGUUCUGUAUUUCAGUCUAUUUCAUAAACAUCAAAAACUCCACACAUGAGCUUUAAAGUCAUUGAGGUCUUUGGGGAGAGUUUUAUCUCUGGCAGGCAGACAGGCUUCAAAAUAUGUAGGCUGUCUAUCAGGCUGUAUAGAUUUGUUAGUUGUCAUGAUCUACCAUAAAGAAACCAUUUUAUGCAGAUGAAAAACAGAUGAAAGGGGGUAGUCACACAUUCACUUGACUUAAACAAACUGACAAAUUGGCGUUUGCUCAGUAUUUUAAAUAAGUCAAAGAAGCUUGCUUGGUGCUCAAAAUGUGUAUUUAGGUCAUAAGCGUCAUGCCAUAUGUUGAUGUAAACUGUGCUAUUAAUAGUCAUGUGUUUUCCUCCUGUGUCACACAAAUAUCAGUCUUUUUGGUUUUAUUAGCUCAGUUUCAUUUUCAUAGCUAGUUAACAUGUUCCCACAUGUGGUGACUGCUGUCAGAGCCAAUUGUGCGUUAAUACAUCUUUGACUUUUCUUUUUGUCUGUCAUUGGUAUUAAAGCGCAAAGAUUUGAUGUUUUUCAACCCUAAUCUUACCAUCUUUUUUUCCACUUCCUUCAUUCAGAUGAACCAGUGCUUCACAUUCAGCAAGGAAGAGGAGCAGAGCAGAGAGGUAUAAUCAACACUUCAAUCCUAACAUUUUCCUUCUGCUAGAUUCUAAAAAACUUCUAAAUCUCUGAAGUUUCUCCUGAAGGUUUCAGUGUAUUACCUCAUUUGGGUUUGUCAAGACUUGUCUGAAAAGCGCUUGUGGAAAAAUCAGACAUUGUUUUUGUAAAAUAUUAAUUUAAUGCAAGUUAACAGACACUUAAGAAAGCUGUCAGAGAGACAUUUGCACAUUUUAGUUGAUAUUGUGUUAAAGGUCUUUAUUUUUACCUUAUUUUUUUUCCCUUUAAACCUUAUUCUUUUCCUAUAUUCAAAUUAUAUGUCAAUAGGUGACGAAAUCCAAGUAAUCAAACCUCUUUAGAGAACAAGGACACUGUUCUCUUGCAUAAGAGCCCAAUAACUAGCAGAUUUUACUCUGCGUUAUGGGGGGAAAAAAAAGAAAAAUACUGCAAAAUUCACUCUUGCUCUGGCCUAAUGUGUGAAAGUGCCCUCUAGGUGCCCUUCCUCCAUUGGUGAAGUGGUACACGCAGCUCUUCCUGUCUGUCCCUCAGACAGUAUGUGUCCUCUGGUUUUAGAGGAAAAAAAGCUUGCUAAGUACCUUUCAGGGUUAUGUUUAGUUCAGGUGCAGCUUAUGUACCUUUGCGUGCUUUCAUGAUCCUGCAGACAUGUGCACACACAGAGUAUAUAUCUGCAUUCACACUGCAGGGAGACAUUAUGCAAGACAGCUCAACACACCAUUUAUACAGCUUGAGCUGUUUGCAUCUGGGCACUACAUCAGCCAGAAGGCAUGUCUGAAAAAGUUUGAAAUGUCCCUUUCACUGACAGGAUCACCAGGACAUUUAUGGAACGCAAAGAUUCAAAGUUCUAUUUUAAGCUUCACUUUUCCUCUUAAAAAGCCUCUCUGUCAUUAAGAUUUCUUAAUAUAUGUAAAACAGUGAGACGGGGAACAGAUUAAAUACAGCUUUUGCUCCACAACUUUACGCCUGCUGCAGGGAAGAAUGAUGUCAAGAGACGAAAACUCUUAAUUUCAUACUUGCUGCAAGUUGAAAUAGUUUCAUGGACAGUCUUGGUGAUUUGUAAUGUUUCAGUUAGACACUAUGAACUACAGAAUACCUUCAAGUCACUGUAUGUUUUGAUGGAAACUGUCAGUCCUGGUCUUACCUGAUAUAUUUCUUGUGUGGCACAGCGCCUUGGGGAAUUGGUGCUGGGUUUCCUGAACAGAGAGCUGCAGCCUUCCUGCCUACUGGCCUGUCUAGAGACAGUUCGAAUCCUGUCCAGAGACAAAGACUGCUUGAGUCCAUUAGUCAGCCACUCUGCCAUGUCCACCCUCGCCCGCUACGCUGGCAUUGCUGUACCUGGAACGUCCUUAUCUGAGUGCAGCCAGCAGGUGGAGGGCCAAAGUAAGUCCCUAAGAUUUGACGGUAAUCUUGAGUUGACAGUUGAGUGUUCUUGUUUGGUUGUUUUUCCUAUGAUGCACCCUGUGAAAUCCAAAAAACUCAAUUUGAGUUCAAUGUUUGUAUCCUCAGUUCAGCAAACAUUUCGUAAUGAGUCCAUUAGCAACUGCUUUAUUUGCCUUUCAUUUAUCUUCUUAAAGCAGGAUCUUAAAUUAGAUUUAAUGUACCCUUAAACUUUUCUGGUGGUUUUCUUCUCAGUGGACAGCGAGGGAGGAGAGGGAGGAGAGGGAGGAGAGGGAGGAGAGGGAGGAGAGGCAGCAGAAGUCUCUCCUUCAGAAAACGCUGACCAAGAAGUGAUCUCUGAGGCUCUCAAAUCUAUCUGUAACAUCCUGCUGCACAACGAGACCGGACAGGUCAGGUCCAUCUUUAAGUCUACACACACAUUUUCACUACACUCAGAUUAACACAUUUAGAUGUCUCUGUAGCCAAUUUAUCAACGUAUCAGUGGAUGUAAGUGUAUUGAUUGUGUGUUGAAUGGAUGAUAGGCAGUGGCAGCAGAUCUGCAGCUGAUAAGGGGCGUGGCGGAGAGGCUGAAGCAGAGUCAUGAUCCCACCUGGAACCAUGAGGUAUGGAUGCCUGUUUUACAAGUAUGAUACACUUAGGACCAUCUGUGGCACAUAAAGCAGAUCACUACACCAAGAUCCCAAAACUGGGGUUAGAGUUUGUUGAAAAUCUGAUAUGAUGUUAAUUAUUUUAAGAAAAAAAAUCCUUGCAGUUGCCUGAUGAUGUUUAGUCAUGUAUACUUGACGGGCUCUGUCAAGAUAAACUGUAAACUAAGACUCACCAGGCAUGACUCCACAGUUUGUAAUCCUCAGAGGAACAGCGACAGUACAGUUUGUCUUAGAUAAGUACUAGUGUUGAAUAUCCCUCUAGAAAAGCAUCUGCUCUCUCUGUUUAGGUGCGUUUCUUUGACCUGCGCCUCACCUUCCUGCUGACGGCUCUGAGAGUGGAUACGAGGGCACAGCUGGCUCAGGAGCUCCAUGGCAUCAGGCUGCUGGGUAAACUAUUAACAGUGUAUAUAUCUACCAGGAAAACAAAUGUCAGCCUUGAGUUUGAAAUGUGCUGACCUCAAGAGCACAUGUGAGGGAUAAGAAACUGUUUGUACGCGAGUUUUCUUCAGUGGUUUUGAACCCUGACAGGGUGAACAGGACCUCAUCUGUAACAACCUGCUUGCUCAACAUUGUCCCGCCUGUCACAUGGACGCUCAUCUAAUAAAUCAAUCAUUCACUUUUUUGCUUUUCCCAGUGUAAACCAACUAACAUGACAUUAACCGGUCUUCUUUUAGCUGAUAGAUAUGAUUACAUUUGGUCCCUCAGAGUGAAACAAUUAUGUCUUAAACUCAGCUGAUCAAUAAUAUAUUGUUAAAUCCCUGUCCUGUGUAUUUUCUAGGUAACCAGUUGGAUGCUACUCUGGGAAUCUGCUGGCCAGAUACACUGGAAACGACCCGUGCUGGGUUUGAGGGGUGCCCACCUGAAGAAAUUCCCCCACUUAGCCGGGAGCAGACAGAACUAGCUAUGGAAAGUCUGAAGAUACUGUUCAAUAUCACCUUUGACACAAGCAAACGCAAAGUCGAUGAGGUACUGACAAAUUACACUGUAAAGUCCAGACUUGUGAUAGAUAUUUUACAAACUGAGCUGAGUUUUUUCUUAUUACAGCCCCAGCAUGUAUCUGUUUUAUGGUUAAAUAUGAAUUUGAUGACGAAUAGGGGCCUAUCAUAAGACAUCACAUCCAAACAUGUGCCUGUCCUUUCACCUUGCAGGAGGAGGCAGCAGAAUACAGACAUUUGGGAGCCAUACUGAGACACUGUCUCAUGAGCCAGGCUGAUGGAGAGGAGAGGACCGAGGAGUUUCACAGGUAGAGACAGCUUGUACUUCAUCUGUCUGUCCGUCUGUUUCAUUCUUCUUUAAAGCAUCCCCUUGACAUGACUCUCUUCAUUUUCCUCAGCCAUACUGUAAACCUGCUAGGCAACCUCCCUCUGCCUUGUUUGGAUGUGCUUUUGAUGCCCAAAGUGCAACAAGGCUCCAUUGAGUACAUGGGGGUCAACAUGGACGCUGUCAACAUGCUGCUGGAGUUCAUGGAGAAAAGACUGGAUCGGGUAAGACAUAAUCAGAAAUUGUUGCCUAUAAUGCUGUGAGAACAGUAUCUUGAGGGUUGGCCAGGAGCAGCAGCUGUAAAAGUCAGGGUCCUGGUUUAUUCAGUUGAAUGAAAAGGCCUGAUUUAUAUGACACAGGGGUUACAAUGAAGUGAAACAGUCGGAUAAAAUACCUUUAAAAAAAACAAAACACAUUUAUUGUCUGAUGUCAAGUAGAUCAUAGGAAAGAAAAACAGCCUUUCAAACUAAAACUUUACAUCCAGAGGAAGAUGUUUGUCACUAGGGGGAGCUGUCUACUGACUGAUGACUGAAUAUGGUUGUGACAAAACUACAGCGCUUUGUAGGGAUUAAUAUUCUUUGAUAAUUUUUUACAAAUACAUGAUGUGUUUACACGUAGGAUUUUUUUAGAUCAAUUUUUGGUAGAUCUUCUCGGACUUUUUUGUCAGCUGAUAGCUUGACUUCAUUGCAUUAUUAAUGUUGAAUUGUCUUCUGUCAUUUUUCAGGGACACAAACUGAAGGAGACCCUCCUCCCUGCACUGAACCAGUUGACAGAGAGUGCCCGCAUCCACAGAGAGACCAGGAAGUUCCUCAGGUCAAAGGUAGGCCGAGGCAAAGCAAAUCCAGGAUGUAGAUAUUUUUAAUGAGCUCUACUGUUGCUUUGAUGGCUCAGGUAUCAUGUCCAUUUGUUUGUGUGUGUGUAGGUGCUGCCCCCUCUGCGUGAUGUCAUGACAAGGCCAGAGGUGGGUGACACUCUGAGGAACAAACUGGUCCGUCUGAUGACCCACAUUGACACUGAUGUCAAGGACUGUGCUGCUGAAUUCCUGUUUGUCCUCUGCAAAGAAAGUGGUGAGAGGAAUAUCAGUUUGCUUGAAAACAGAAAAAUAUUUUGCAACCACACUUCGAAUGAGUUUCUCACUAUUUCAACCACACUUCGAUAUAAACGGCUUUAUGCUCUCUGUCCAGUUUCAAGGUUCAUUAAGUACACCGGGUAUGGAAAUGCUGCCGGUCUGCUGGCUGCCAGAGGACUGCUGAGGGGCGGCAGAGACUCUGGGGUCUACUCUGAGGAUGAAGACUCUGAAACAGAAGAGUACAGAGAGGCCAGGAAUCAGUCAGUACCACAUACACACCGUGGCAGCAGAAGUAGACCCAGAGAAGUUGCCUUUUGAUCUUCUGAUAUCUCUCUGCUCUCUGUUGUCUCCAGAAUAAACCCGAUCACAGGUGUUGUGGAAGAGGAGCAGCCCAAUCCCAUGGAGGGAAUGACCGAGGAGCAGAAAGAAAUCGAAGCUAUGAAACUGGUCCACAUGUUUGACAAACUGUCAAGGUAAAAACAUUAGCGCACACACACACAUGUUUAAAUGUGCUCACUCCUGAACUGUCACACACAGUGGCAGUUGCCCUGUGCUCGAAAACAGUGUUAAAUGAUAUCUAAGUCGGUGAUAGCAAUGUAACAAAGGAGUGUUAGUGAACAUAGUUACCCUCAGAUGAUGUUAAAGCUACUAUGAGGGUUUUUUUUUUUAUGUUGGUUAUGAAACAGGCUGAAAUAGACAGGGAAUGAGACCAUUGACAACAAGACUGAUAAUAUCUAUAUUUUUAUUUAUUUAUUUUUAUUAUUAUUUUUUAUUACAUAUAUAUAUUUAUUUAUUUUAAGUUUUUUUGGGGCGAUUUUUCCCUUUUUUAUUGAUAGUACAGGGUUAAAUGUGGGGAGAUAAAGAGAGAGGGGGAGGACAGGGCUGGACUUGAACCCACGACCGCGGUCCCCACACAUGGGGUGAGCUAACCCACUCGGCCCCUAUAUUUUCAUUUUUGAUGGCUGUAACUGCUGUUAGGGGGUUGACACGCUGAAGAAACUGCCUUUGUUACUGUAUAUACUGCAAAUAUUCACAGUGCAAAAAGACAACAGGAGGAGAUCUCUUUGUCAAUUUACAUGACCAAACCAGCAACGAUAUAACAGAGUUAACCACGAACAGAAAGUUCCCAACAGGAGCUUUAACACAAUCAGGAACUAAAAGUUCAGAUUACUUUUGGUCAAAAAAGCACAUAAAAAAUAUCUUUUUCUGAAGCAUAGCCAACAAGUUUUUUUAAUGCCUCAAUUUGUCAAAACUGUGUUCGUGCCAAACAGAUGACAACCUGCUAAUUAUCGAUGCCUAAAAACUCAUUUAAUGUAAAAUUUGUAACUUUCUGACCAGACAUUGAUUAUUGAUUACACUAAACAAUCAAUAAUCAUUGCCUGAAAAUUAUCUGAUUAUUAGUCAGUUGAUUAUGUAUGUGGGAUUAUGACUGAUUAUGUUGAUUAUGGCUGACAAAGUAAAAGAGAAAGAUGAAGAGACUUCCUGUACUUUCUAAAAUCACUAACACUUCUGUUUUUAAUAAUGCACAAAUCCAGUUUUCACUCACACAGUACAUUCCCUCCUGCAGGAACAACCUGAUCCAGCCCAUGCAGCUCGGUAUGGACGGGAAAAUGCGAGAGGUGACUCCGGACGACAUGGUUAAUCUCGUCAAAAAUCCGUUGUUCCAGCCAGAGGAGCCACAUAACUCAGAAAGUGAAGAUGAGUCCUAAAAAAACCCUGAAACCUGAAGGGGACAGAAGGGGAAAUCUGUUACACUAUUCAAAGUAUUCACAUGCCACAGGGUCUAAACUAUUGUCGCUUAUUUAACCAGACAGGGGCAAACAUGGAGAGCUUGGAUUAGUCAGUUAAAGUCAAAAGAGACUGAAGUCAGUGGGAGGCAGCUUCAAUGAUCAUGUCUGUCUGAUUUUGUUUCACCAGUAUUCUGAUCACUUGUCAAAGAGCACUAUCAGUCUGCAGACGUUUGUUUUACUUCUCUUCAGGACAUUGCUAGAGUGAAUCAGCUCCUCCUCAACCUCAUAUGCUUCACAAAGGUAGUGCGAGUUUGUAUAGGCCUUAUGUGCAUGUUUAAAAGGACUAACUAAUGAUCAUUACAUUGUCAUGCAGCUUUAAAAUACAAUAACUAGUUCAGUAUAGAGUCGUAGGAGUGCCAUAAAGACAGUACAAUUGUGCUAUGUGAAAAAAACAAAUUGAAAAUUCAUAACAAUAAAAAUUAUCGUUUCGCAAAAUAAUUUUGCUUUAGUGUAUUUUGAAUAUAUCAUCGGUUGUAUUCCUUAAAUUUAUUUGAUGGUUUUUAUUAUUUUAUUACAAGUUUCCACUCUGUAGAUGUAUGACUGGUCUGUUAUUGUGACUCAAACUAAAAAUUGAAAACACAAACCAAAAAUUGAAUUUAAUAGUCACUAUUGGUAAAGUAUGAGACAGAUAAUGCACAAGUUUUUUCAAAAGAAAAUCUAUUUAUUUUUAUUGAUAUGGACACAAAUAAAUGUAAAAAAGCUAUAACUAAUGUUUUUGCACAUUCAUUUCUCUCUAGCUAUCUGGCGUAAACAAAUUAAUUGUCUUGAUGGCACUCCUAUGGUUCUAAUGCUGAGGUCUCCCAUCAACUCCCAUCUGAGACCCAAACAGGUGAAAUCCCAUGAAUUGGAUUCUUAGACAUGAGAAGUUUGAUUUUUAAACCAGGAAGCUUUGAAAAUGACAUUUGAAAACUGUAUUAGUAUCAUGUUUUCCAGAAACAUUAUCUUAUUCUCUGUUACUCAGGAUCUAAUCCUCAGACCUCGCUGCCCACCAUUUAUAAUGAAAACUGUUUACAGCACGGCAGGAACUAGUCUCUGACUGUAUUUGAAGUUUGUAGGGACAUUUUGAGAUGAAGACGAGGGUCACGUCUACCUUUAAUGAGAGCUUUAGAGAAUGUUUGUGACAUUGUGAUGUUGAAAUAUUUUUGAAAAAGUCUAACACAUGUAUUUUAGAUGCUUGUUUUUUCAGAAAGCCUUCAGAUGUUUUAUUUUUAGAAGUGAAACUUGAAACUGCUGAAAAGUUAACAUUUUAAGAUGGAUGACAAAGAAGCUACAAUCUAAAGCAUAUUUCAUGUAUACUCCUUUAUAUAGCUGCCAACUUUAUCAUGGAAUGUAAUAUACUUUAAACAUAUUUCAAUAACA